UUCACGCGUUUACUGCCUGGCUACUCAUGGACGGUUCAUUUGUUUCACUCGUUUUGUUUACUCCAUCUGUCACUCGAGACUCGUGGGUUGGACGUGGUUAGUUUGAUUUUCCUGACACAUUACAUCACCGGGGCCAAAACGUCAGGGUAUUUUCCGAGAGGAUCUGUUUUCCUUUCAAUUCCUCUCAGUGAAAUGUGUGUGAGUGUGUGUCGGGGUGGGGGGGGGACCAGUGUGUUUGGUUAGCCGUGUCAAUGGAUCUUUCCACUUGUCUUUGUAGUGGGAAAAGCUUGUUUGAAGAGAAAACGAGCUUGUAGCCCUUAAAAAGUCUUCUACAAAACACUGUUACUUAUUUUGACUGAUAACUUGAGAAGUCUUUGCUCUGUAUAGAGUUAUUCAAACUUAAAGCUGGACUCGUCCCUUUGUCUCGUUAUAAAUGCAGGAUGCAGCUGGAUGGGGUUGUCUGGUUUAGCCCAAUAGUUAACAGGGCUUCUUUAGUGGUUUUCGUGUGAGAUGACAAAACAUCGACUGAAGCAUCAAGACCAGAGAAGCUCAGAGGGGUGGAAAGCUUUGAGCAGAGAGGAAAGUUAGUGAGCAAACACGCUUACAGACGUGUCAUUGUAUCUGGACCUCUGCGUGUUUUCACAGCGGGAACUAUCCAAGACCAGAGGAGAGAAAAAGAGUCAGUCCAGACGCAUGGACUCACACAAGCAUUUCUGUGUGCGACUGCCAGCAGUGAGCCGGCGAUAAAGUUGUGCCGAUAGGAGAAAAGCUUGUGUUUGGGAAUUUUUUACUGAAAUUUAUGCUUGGACGCAUAUGUAAAAGUGCAUGUCAGUGCUUGGCGGCGUUCAGGUCUUUGUGUGCAUCUAAGCUUGUUUAUGUGGGAGAGUUGUUGUUCCAUUUGGCCAACCUGCACCUGGAUGGACCUCUGAAACAGGUGAGGCAUCAGGAAUUUCCCUUAUUAGAUAUCAGCUGUUCUGUUGGCUUCAUUAUUCAAGGUGCUUUCCAGAAUCAUCAUCGGGUAGCAUCACCUCCAUAAUAACAACACUGCCGUGUCUGUUUGAUCCGAACGCUCUGCAUCAAUCACAGACUCUUGGUGAGCCUCUCUCUCCUUACCUAAAGACAGUUUGCUCUCAGAUUUGGCACCAUGAGGUUGCUUUGCUUGGUACUGACGGCCCUGUGCAUGGUGGCUAGAACGGGAAGCAUGUCCACGUGCAAAACUCUGGACCUGGAGGUGGUGAAGAAGAAACGGAUUGAGGCCAUCCGCGGUCAGAUCCUCAGCAAACUGCGCAUGGCCAAAGAGCCCGAAUCGGAGAUAGACGGUGAUGGACAGAAGAUCCCAGAUACCAUGAUUUCUCUGUACAACAGCACUGUUGAACUGAGUGAAGAAAUGAAGAUGAAGCCCGUUUCUGUGCAGGCUGACGAUGAAGAUUACUUUGGCAAGGAGGUGCACAAGUUCGUCAUCCGGCAAGCUCAGAAUGGCACAAAGCAUCAGAUGACUUUUAACGUGUCAGAGAUGAAGCAGAGUAUUCCAGACCACCGGCUGCUGUCUCAAGCCGAGUUACGGCUUCGGAUUAAGAAUCCUACAAUGGACCAGGAGCAGAGACUGGAGCUGUAUCGUGGAACGGGCAAUCAGGCUCGAUAUCUGGGCACUCGCUUUGUCUCCAAGGAUUUGUCCAAUCGUUGGCUCUCGUUUGACGUGAAACAGACGAUGAUAGAAUGGCUGCAGGGUUCAGAAGAGGAAGAAAGUUUAGACCUGAGGUUAUACUGUGGCUGUAAGACAGACCAGCAGAGUACUGAUAAAUUCCUCUUCAGUAUAUCAGGACUAGACAAGCAGAGAGGUGACACUGCUGGUCUGGCAGAGAUGAUGGCAAAGCCUUAUAUUCUGGCUUUAUCUUUGCCUUCUAAUGGCAAAUCCCUUGCAUCCGCUCGCAGGAAACGAGCUGUUGGCACUGAUGAAACUUGUGAUGAAAAAACUGAGACCUGCUGUAUGCGGAAGCUUUACAUUGACUUUCGGAAAGAUCUGGGUUGGAAGUGGAUCCACAAGCCGAAGGGAUACUUUGCCAACUACUGCAUGGGCUCCUGUACCUACAUCUGGAAUGCUGAGAACAAAUACUCUCAGAUAUUAGCCUUGUACAAACACCACAACCCUGGUGCAUCGGCUCAGCCAUGCUGCGUACCUGCAGUCCUCGACUCUCUGCCGAUUCUGUUCUACGUGGGAAGACAACACAAGGUGGAGCAGUUGUCCAACAUGGUGGUGAGGAGCUGCAAGUGCAGUUAGAGUUCAUCUGACUGCAUAACGUUAUGUUAUCUUCAGAAGUGCUCCGUGGCUUUGUUUCUCUCUGGACGAUAAGUAAGCAAAUGCACAGAGAGAUAGACGUAAAGUCUCAGUGGGAAGGAAAAUCAGGAGCUGAGACAACUGACGUGGACAGGAGAAAGGAGAAGGGACAGUUGGGCAAAAGUGGAAAGAGGGAAAAAGAAACUAUCAGACUUUCUCAGCGAUGCCCCUCUACAAUGACACACAAAGACAUUUCGUUAAAGCAAGCUCAAUAUUAAACCAAGUAUAUGCUUUAUCUUUUUUUAAAAAUGUUUAUUUACAUUAUUAAUUCCCAUUAAUUUAUUAUGCCUUCUAAGUUCAUAAUUUGAUUGUACCAUGAAGGCAGCCGCGUAGCAUUGCAUGCCACAUGUACAAUGAAGAUUUCUAAUGGUGCUGAACUGAUCAAGGAAAUCAUGUCCAAGGAACAUUUCAAUUAAACGUAAACACAUAAAAGAGAAGUGUUUGCACUAAACGAUGGAAGCGAAGGCUCAUGACGUGCAGUAUGAGACUUACAAGAAAGCUAAUGGGAUUGGAGCAUGGGUCAAUGAACUGCUUUAUUAAUUUUUUUUUAUGUGCACAGUAGGUUUUAUUGUCAUGCACAGCUGUGCUCUGAAGCCUCUUUCUGUGAACAGGGUCUGAGUGGAACACUAGAGGAAUAGGAUUGAAUGGUGAACAUUUCAAACUUCAUAUUGCACACUACUGAGUGUCACGGGAAAAUGUCUGCCUCUUCAGGUCCUCCUGUUGUCAGGGUUUGUUAGUUCUCAAAAAUAUCUACAGCUUUGCUAAAGGAAUGCAUUGGUCAAUCUCAGCAAAACAUGUCUGGGACACAUUUCACAUUUAUGAAAUAAAAUUAUUUCUCACAAAGAAGGUGAAUCUUAUUUUUAGGACCAUUAAGAUUGUUUGCAUUGUGUGAUUUCCUGUGUCACAAUUCGUAAUGUAUCUAUUCAAUUCAGUUAUUAUUGUUUUACAGUAAAGGGACAGACAGUACAACAAAUACAUACAUGAUCUAUAAAUACGUAUAUUAAAUUAUUAAAUUAAUGAAUCGUUUUUAUUACGCUAACAAGAAUGUGCUCAGUUGUCAAAAUGCAAAGAAUCUGCUCCUAAAAACAGGCUUAAUUUUCUUGCAAAAUGUACUUUAUUAUGUUUUUUUCUGCUUUUUCUGAGGUGAAAUUUCAGCCAUGUUUGUGCAAGUGAUGUGUUUGUGUUAGCGAGUCUGUAUCUAUGCGUGUGUAUGUUUGCUGUGUGGUGUUCAGCUGUGUUGGCCUUGUGCUGACAUCUUCAUGAGGAACAUUAGUGUGUAUAUUUAUAGAGGCUUCGUGUUUUUCUCUGCCCUGUUUGACAUCGGCGGUGUUGAGUAAUGAGAAUUGUGUUCUGUGUAUUAGUUUAAAAACAACACGGCUGAGAAUGCACUGUUCGCAAAAUGAAUGCAGUGUCACUCUUCAAUGAAAAAUACUGGCUAGUUACUGUAAAACUACCGUCCUUUGUAGAUACUGUCCUCUUUGUUAUACUUUGACAUUUUUAAAUUGCUACAGAAUUCCUUUGACAAACAUUUCACAUCCAUGCAGUGUUUUAUUAUAUAAUUACAUUUCCUUUUUUUGCACUUAUUUUAUGCCAUUGUGACACAUGAAUUGUUUCAAUAAACAAAACUCACAAUUCAGUCCACAAUAUCU